AUGGCAGACGUUACCACGACAGGCACCGACGUUGGAGCAGUCGAAGAACCACUCGAUCUUGUACGCCUUUCUCUCGAUGAACGAAUCUAUGUCAAAUUGAGAGGCGAUCGCGAGUUACGCGGCAUUUUGCAUGCAUACGACGGCCAUUUGAAUAUGGUACUUGGUGAAGUCGAAGAAACUAUCACACUUGUCGAGGUCAAUGAAGAUACCUACGAAGAGAUCAUCCGGACAAUGAAGCGCAACUUUGAUAUGCUUUUCGUGCGAGGAGAUGGUGUUAUCUUGGUAUCCCCACCAUCAAGGGCAUAA